AUGGUUAAUAAGAGAAAUAAUAGAAAGGUAAUCCUAGAUAAAGGAAUCCUACUUAUUUAUAGAUUAGAAUGGAUCAUAAUAGACUUCAUCACCAAACUACCAAUUUUAGACAGAUAUAACAUAAUCAUGGUUAUUAUUAAUAGGCUAACUAAAUACGCCUAUAUGAUUCCGACAACAGAAACUAUUGAUGUAUAA